AUGGGGAACAAAGUCAGCCACCAAGUCUUCGAGCCGGAUGCAGACUUCGAUGAUUUUGAUGUUCCACCACCAGCGCCCCCUACAGAGUUAGAACUUCGUGCUAGACAGAUCAAUCCCGCCGAGCAUGUCUAUCCAUUUGAAAACAUUGUGUUUGAAGGAGGCGGCAGCAAGGGAAUGGCUUAUUGUGGAGCUGUUCGUGCCCUAGAAGACAUUGGCUUGUUUCCACAAAUCAAACGCUUUGCCGGGACAAGUGCUGGGGCUAUAACAGCUGCGCUCCUGUCGGUUGGGUACAAUUCACACGACGUGGAGAAAUUUAUGAGGAAUGAUAUGUCAAAGAAUUUCAUGCUAGAUGGCUCUUUCCUCUGGAGGUUCUUUACAUUCAUACCGAGGUUCGUCUUCGGUUACGGAUUAAGCCCUGCGUUACAAUUUAACAAUUGGCUUGGUGAGAGGCUCAGGGAAAAAACAGGGAAUGCUGAUAUCACGUUUGAGCAACUUUACGACUUCGGUGGAAAAGAACUCUGCAUUGUUGUUACAAAUAUCAACAACAUGGCCGAAGAGUACUGUCACCCAAAAACAACACCGGAUAUGCCUGUUAGGCUCGCAGUGCGCAUGUCCAUGUCGAUUCCAGGCAUGUUCCAAGUGGUGAAGUAUAACCCUAAUACACAGUCUCCAAAUAACAUGUACAUUGACGGAGGAGUUCUGUGUAACUACCCAAUACAUUGUUUCGAUGGCUGGUGGCUGUCUAUGAAGUCAAAAGAUGCUUUUAUCCGGAGGAUGCAUGACCUGGACCAACUUCCUGCUAUGCUUAGUAAAGCAUGCAGGUUUGGAGAGCGGUCCGACAAAACCUUGGGCUUUUUGGUGGUUAGUAUGGAGUUGAAGUCUAGAAAAGAUUUUUCGUAUUACACUUAUGUGUUUGAAUUAUAA